UUUAAGAUGGACCCAGACUUCCUGGAGAAUGAAGAGAAAUAUAAAGCCAUUAAAAAAGAAAUCCUGGACGAGGGCAGCAGCGAUUCGGGGGAGGACGGAGACGGCAGCGACGAAGAUGAAGACGAUGCAGAUGAGAAUGAGGAGGAGGGAGAUGAUGAGAAGGUCACCAUCUUUGAUCAGACAGAAGUCAACCUGGUUGCUUUCCGAAGAACCAUCUACCUCGCUAUACAGUCCAGUUUGGACUUUGAGGAGUGCGCUCACAAACUGAUCAAGAUGGACUUUCCUGACAGCCAGACGGUGAGUCCAUAAACGCGCGCACACUUGGCCGAUGUAAAAAGGCUUUAGUGACACACACAGUAAUGACGAUGACUCUAAAGUGAGAUGACACA